UCCUGUAGUGAAUGUUACGAAAGCUAGCAAGAAACUAAGUGCCAUCCAUCUGUACCGUUGUUAAACUAAUCCGUAAACGGAAACAAGCCGAAACUACGUUGCAACAAAACAGUGCGGCGUCAUAUACCUGAUCCCCAGCUGCUGUAUUUUGGUGGCGAACCCAUUAACUACGCGUCAUCUGCUAUGUUUUGUCCCUGCGUUGGAAUUCGCAUCGCUGCUGUAGAGAAUACGUUCUAGUGCACUGAGUUACGUUAGAUUCCGAUUUUGCGUUGUGCGUGAAGUGUAAUUGGAUAGCUUGUAUAUACGAACACAAUGGAUAUUCAUACGGAAAGCAGCGGCAUCGAUUCUUCGCCGGAUAUGAACAUCAGUGCCGAGUUGAACCCUUCGCCGCAUCGGUCGGCAACGGUCAUGCCGAGAAAACUGUCGUUUUCCGGCAACUCACCGGACCGUAACACGGCAGAACCAUCGGCCAAGAACCAACCGUCCCUCUCUCCGCCGUACCGAAAGGUGCAGGCGCUUCGUCUGUUCGAUACACCAGCAACGCCAAAAACCAUUCUGCAAAAAUCAACCAACACAAUGUUUCGCCGGCAAGUAUUUGGUCCCGGAUCAACACUAUUCGCUGCAUCAGGGGACGUGCUGUCCAAAACCGCUACGGAUGCCGACGUGUUGGCAAAACCAAUGGACGGAGGAAUGCCAAUUUUCAUCACCGACAAACCGAAACCGGUUCCGCUUCAUCGGCGUUAUGACGUGGGGCUACCGCCGGCCAACGUGAAUCCCUUCACACCGCCAGCAAUGUUUAUGCGAACGAAGAAGCGUACCCGGCAGGAGGGCCCCGAAAGUGCCAAAGCGACAAUUGGUGGUAGCAAUGGGCACUCGAUCAAAAACCAUUUCCCGGCAUUGUUUCCUAGCAACCGAAUCAACAAGUGUCGCUUUCCGUACAGUGGUCCGGCUACCCCGUUUGCGCUAAGGCAAGCGAACGAUUCUACCACGCACCAUACGCUCAAAAUGUUCAACAUGGUGGAGGAUGAAAGUGGGGAGUUUAGGCAGGCUUCCAAACGGCUCGCCCUGCAAGAUUCCAACAUCUCCAGGUACAAGCAGGAAUUCAUCGAACUGUCGCUGCUCGGCAAGGGCGAGUUCGGACAAGUGUAUCAGUGUCUCAACCGGCUGGAUGGAUGUGUUUACGCGAUUAAGAAAAGCAUCCGACCGGUCGCUGGAAGCUCACUGGAGAAGACAGCUCUGAACGAAGUGUAUGCACACGCCGUGCUUGGGAAGCAUGACAAUGUGGUGCGCUACUAUUCGGCCUGGGCCGAGAACGAUCAUAUGUUGAUCCAGAACGAGUUUUGCAACGGAGGCAGUCUGCAGACGGUGUUGCAGGAACGCUGCCUGAAGGAAUCGGAACUGCGCACGCUGCUGUUGCACAUUGCCGAAGGUUUGCGGUACAUCCACUCGAACGAUCUGGUGCAUAUGGAUCUGAAGGCGGGCAACAUUUUCCUGUCCAAAACACCGCUUCGUUCGGGCACGGCAAUGCACGGUGCUAAUGCCCUGCCCGUGAUUGCUGACUGUCCCGACGAUGGAUUUGAGGAUGUGUACGAUGAUCUGGAGAACGAGUACUUGGUGACGUACAAGAUCGGUGAUCUCGGACAUGUCACUUCGAUCCACGGGCCACAGGUGGAGGAGGGCGAUUGUCGCUAUCUGCCGAACGAGAUACUGCAGGAAGACUACAACAAUCUGCCGAAGGGUGAUAUCUUUUCGCUCGGGAUUACACUGUACGAGGCGGCCGGUGGUGGUCCGCUGCCGAAGAACGGCACCGGAUGGCAUCUAUUGCGCAGUGGUCAGUUUCCCGAUCUGCCCAACAUUGGGAAGGAUUUCAAUGAUCUCAUCAAGCAAAUGAUGCACCCGAACCCGGAAAAGCGUCCAUCCUCCACGACGAUCUUUAAUCACCCCGUACUAUCACCAGUCGAUUCCAAAACUAAAGCCCAGCUGUGUUUGGAGCUGAGCUUGGAACGGCAGAAGAACGAGGUCCUGUUGAGGAAGAUUAAGGAACAGGCGAAGCUGCUAAAAACACUCGAACAACAUUCCCUUACGCCAGUUACAGCAUCGAUGACGCGCAAGACACGCUACUCCGGAACAUCUCGUGAGACGUCCACCUCCGACCGUAAGCUACGUUCCUAUUCGCACAAGAAACGUACCACUAACCUCAUCUCCAAAAGAGGCAUCAAAGACAGUAACAAAUCGAAGGACUAUUAGGCUCACGGUUGAAGUCCCUCUUUAACGUCGGUUGUACUCUUCCUGGAUUGUCCAUCGUUAUUGGAGCCGUAGUUUGGUGUACGAUCGUUUAUUAUAUUAUCGUGCAUUUUGAAUCCUUUCGGUUGUUGUGAAAUAUGUUCUUCAGAUUCAUCAGAAAGUUCUACAGUGUUCCCAAAAUCAGCCCUAUCCAAAAUGGUAAAUCUUGAAGUAAAGGAAACAAUCAGUUUUAAUCUAGACGAUCUAAACCGUUGGUACCAAACGGAGCGAUUAAAUUACGUGUUAGACUCAGAGCAUUAAGUUCCCUCAUGCUUCACAAGUUUUUAAACAUCUUCCCAUGUUUUUUCGUCAGUUCUACACAAACUGUUGCUAGAGAACGUGUUUCCGAUUUACAUAUCAUAGAACACCUUUGGAAAUCAUCAAUUUUUUUUUUGCUGUUGUAGACCCUUUUUUGCAUUCUCUUUUUGUCAUGUGUAGUUUAAUUUUUAAUUUUUAAUUCUUUUUCUUUCCUUACACACAAAAUUCAUUGCCUUUCCUUUUGCCAAAUUUUAUUCAAAUCGUGCUUUUUUUUCUUUAUUCUUUCUCUGGCAUUUAUUUUCUCAUUUUUAUUGCUUUUUGAUUACAUUUUUG